AUGGACUUUGGCAUUCUCCCCUUUCUUCAAGGUCGCAUCGAUCAUUACCUCAAGCCGGAGGCGAAUACCCAUGCCAGCGCCAGUGCCCAUGCUCGCCAGGUCCUCAGUGUGCUUGGCCUGGGGCUCUCGGUGUUUGACCGUCAGCUCCACGGUACCCCUCGGCUACCUUUGGUUGCCUACUUAUUGACGUUGCUGUUGACGAAGGUACCCCGCUACCAACACUUGAAGGAGACUGGGGUCGAUUCGUUGAUGAUGGUUACUCCCACAGCCGUGCCCCAUUACCAACAAUUAGCAGAGCUCAUGCUUGAAGGGCUCCCCCACGACGCUGCUCCCGGUCAGCUUCGUCGCCAGAAAGAUGGUUCUUACGCCGUGGAACGGGUGCCCAUGCUGGUUCGCUUCGUCGAUGCCCACGGUCGCCAUCAAGUUUUCGGUACGAGCAGUCAGACUUCGCAGCUUGUGAUAUCAUCUGAUCCCACCUACCAACCCCAAGAAGUUUCAUCGCUCCGGUUUAUCGGCAUCGAUGACUUUGACAUCGUGACUAAGUCGCCUCAAUAUGUCACCCGAUCGGGAUCUAAGGGUAAGUACUCCAACGUGGUGACCACUACCGUGCGCCAGUUACAACACCAACAUCUUGCUGACUUCACCCGCCAGACUGCCAGUCUCGGGGAAGGCCAACGCCAGGUGCUUUACAAGCCCCUCCAGUUUGGCAUAUUCGGACGGCCAAGCCCACCUUACGCAUUCACUAACGGCGACCACCAAUUGUCGGUGGCGGAGCGGAUGAUCAGACUACCUGAAUCCGUUCGGAAACGCCAACUUCCGUUGAUUCAAGUGGGAGAGUUUGUAGCACCAAAGUGCCGCCUUACCACCAACGUUACUGACCUUGAAUACAUUGCCGUCGAACCAUCCACUGCCGCUAAGGCCAAGCAAAGUCUAGCUUACGUCGCUGCUAAUACUACUAAGCCCCAGUGGGGGAAGGUGAAGAAAGCAGUGAAAAAACUCACCGCCCACGGUAUUACUCCUGACGUUGUGGUGGCCGACAAUUACGUCCUGAGCACUCCUCCAUCGAUAACAGCAGUGUCGGUAUCUGAGUAUCUCGCUGCCGACCUGCUGGACAAACCUGUAGUAGUGGUGGAUGAAGCGCUGCUUUAUACUGCCAUUGGAACGUCUCCCACUAUGAUUCCAGGGAUCGUCGAUCCCGUGGGUGACUUGUGGUUGGCCUACGCAUCGAAAUCUUCUCGAGUACAUGUGGUGGCGACGCUGGAAGUGUAUACACAAGUGGUGGCUCUGCUUGCUUCACAGUACCACGCCAGUGGGCUCAGCUGGCAAUGA